CAACUGAAACAUGAAGAACUAUUAGCAGAGGCACAGAAUUGAGGAUCAACAAUGAGCACAGUGGUUCUCAAGCUGUUUUCCUUGGGCCACACUUUCCAACCCCUCAAAUGCCCUGCUAUUAAAGCAUCACGGGACACCACGAAUCGGCCUCUGUUCCCAGAAUCGACUGCCCCGAUUUUGCUCCCCUGUGAUGGUUGUGCCAGAGUGAGGGACCCCAAAACAGGCAUGGCACUGCCCCGCAGCCUGAUUUUCUCUGGCCUUCCUGUUCCUGAUGAAGAAAGAUCAACACUCACCAUCCACGUUGGUAUCGGUGGACUGACAAAUAUAGAUCUUAUCUUCACCACCUCUUCCUUCCCGUCCUUCAUUACAUUGACUUCUUCCUUCCACUCCUCAUCGCUGACCAGGGGAUGUAUCUUGGGCAAGCGGCAGCAGGAGACCAGCAGCCUGCAGAGCUUCCUCAAACUUCGGACCCUAGGGAAGAAGAGGGGGGAAAUUAGGAGAUGGCUUCUAGAUACCUCUGUGCUGAAUUUGGGAAUGAGAAUGAGAAAUCCUACUUACACUUGCGAUGAAGUGAGUCUCUUCAUUUGCUCUCUGAACAUCUCGACUGACUAUUCUCUCCCUCACUUGCUAUCCUCAAAUGGUUUCUCUUUCCAAAGUUCUCAGCCAAGUCACUCAGCAGGGGGACAUGUCGCAAUGGAGGACAUUUAUAAAGUCAUUUGUAAAGCCAUUGAACAACAAGGGGACCAGGACAGAACCUGGCGGCACCCCACUUGUCACUUUUCCCCAGGACGACGAGGAACCAUCAAGGCACCCAGGGAAUUUUCCUUUUAUACCUAUGUUUUUCCUUACCUACCCACAGGAUGCUGCUGCCCAAGUGUGUGAGUCAGUCAGGUGGGGGGUGGAUGGGAGGCAGGAGCAUUUAGGCCUGCUGGGAUGCAUGGCCCAGCGACUGGUCUCGGAUUGAUGGGGUGUUCUACUUCAACAUCCAGAAGGUCACAGGUUCCCCAUCACUGAACCAGAAGUUACUGUUGUCAGUGUUUCUCUGUUGAAGCCCUUGUUCUGUACCUGAGCACUUCUAAUUAAAAGUAUUUAUUG